AUGCGUCCAGACAGCAAUUUCACAGCCUGCAGUGAUGCUCUACGCACUCUAGAGUAUCGAAUUAUGGAGGAUCCCUUUUCCAGCGACGCCGCAAGCUUAAUUUCAGAGUACGCAGCUAUGAUUCGAUUGCUGGUGGUUAGCGUGAGCCAACUUCAUCGUGGUCUUCGAUUAUCAUGGCGCAGAGGAUCAGCUCUGAAAAUGGACCAGGAACGAGAUUUCACAGCUUCGCCACUCGUCACUGAGCACAUCGCGGAAGUUGUCAGAGCCAUAGAUCUCAUCACCUCAUUGGAAAAACAAUACAGAAAAGCUCAGACACGAAAUCAAACAGAGUUUCGUUCGCACCUCCGGGACUUACAGAUAGAGGGCUACAAGAAAUAUGAACAGGAAAUUAUAGAUCACGGUCGUCAGACCGAUACGACAGCCGAUUCAGGCUCGGAAAAUCGUGUUACAGAACCUGAGAACAAAAAGCACAAGCUUCUAUCAACGAACAGCAAAAUAACGUCAUCAUUAAUGCGAACGAGCCACAUGCUGCGCAGCUCUGUACUGCAAAGCGAAUUAAACGUUUCUGAGCUUCAAGAACAGACUACCUCGCUGCACAAAUUGAACGAUCGGUUCGAUUCUCUUUCCGGGGUUUUGACCACUUCUUCGAAAGUCGUGCGGGUGAUCCAAAGUUCGUCCGGUCAAGAAAAGCGACAGAUAUACUCGGGGCUAGCGUUUCUAGCGCUGUGCAUAAGUUGGGUGCUCUGGAGGCGUGUUUUCAAAAUGCCUGUGAAACUCGCAUUGUGGUUAUGGUUUCGCUUUUUCCGGUCAAUUUUGGCCAUUCUCGGAGCGGUUCCUAAAAUCGAGGUUGGUUUCGAUCCGACAUCAUUCUCAUCUUCAAUUGCAACACUAGCAACAGUUACUACGGAUGCCGUGUGGAAAGCUGCAGAAACCACUCAGGAUGGUUCUGACUUUAUGGCGACGAUGGUGGGUGAUGCGGUAGAUGAUGCGUUUUCCAGAAUACGGGACGAGUUGUGA